GUUACGGCCCAUAUCAGGCGAUCUGGCUUCAGAAUCCCCUCCUCUUACCCUAGCCUAUAACCCCUCUCCUAUAUCCACCGCCGCCGCCGUCGUCUCAGGCUCACCUCUCAUCUUCGGGUUCGCAUCGCAGCGUCUUCCGCCCAGGCUACCACCAUGCCGAAGCAGAUCCACGAGAUCAAGGACUUCCUGCUGACGGCGCGGCGGAAGGACGCGCGGUCGGUGCGGAUCAAGCGUGCCAAGGACGCCGUCAAGUUCAAGGUGCGCUGCUCCAAGUACCUCUACACCCUCUGCGUCCACGACGCCGACAAGGCCAACAAGCUCAAGCAGUCGCUCCCGCCAGGUCUGACUGUUCAGGAGAUUUAAGUAUCAAGCCACAAAUUGUGCUGUUUGUGGUAUCGAGGACAUGUUUGCUCCAGUAUUACUCUAGUAUGUAGGUGAUUUCAUGCUAUGUUUGAAUGGAUUAUGAAGUUGUGUUUGGGAGAUGUAGUAUUGGAAGUGAUGUGUUGAACCUAUGAGCCUGUGGUGUAAUGUUACUCCCCACCAAAAAGAUGGCUGUCUAUCAUAAGUUAAACUGAAUUCUGCUAUAUUUGCUGCCAUUUUUGUCUGGUUCC